GGAUUUUCAGGGCGUCCUUUGACUCCCCGAAUCCCCUUCACAGUUUCAUCACGAGUCAAUCUUGUGAUCUUGCCUCGUAAACAAACUCCACACAGCCAAUUGUCUCUGAGCUGUGUGCAAUUUCAAUUUCUCAAUAUCUGUGCGACGUCAAUCGCACAUUGGAACCAUCAACCAACAGCGCCCUUCCAACAGUUUCAAGCCAGAUCAGCGCCGCUCGGUCGAUCGCUACCAUUGGCCCCUGGACAGCCGAAAAGGCUAUUUAUUGUUGGAGUUGCCUCAAUGCAGGAUCCUGCCACGCCGUGUUGGGCUGCAUGUGCCGGAUGACAUCAUCUACAGACGAACUACACAGUAAAUACCCAAGUUCCCCCCAACAACACCACCACCAAGAAUACCCCGUAGUAUGAUGAUGUAUGAGGGAUAAGAAACCUUGAGUGAGUCCUCAAGAUACAUACGCCCACUAUGAAUACCGCGGCAGUGAGCUUGGCGGUCACGCCGACUGUCGUAUCCACCUUCUUGUCGCAUUACCUGAAUCGGAAGGUCCUGGCCCACAAGCCUACAGCGCAUCUAUCCUACGACCAAGGGCUGCACCUGAUCCGCUCCUUUCUAACCCAUGCCUCCCGUCACACCGUCGAGGAGCUGCAAGCUUUCACCAGCCAAUGGGUUCCACACCCUCAGUGGGUCAGAGUUGACCAUGUCGAGAUCCCUGAGACGGACCUGCUGCGCGCGGCAGACCUCCUGGCCGAGCAGCUGGGGCCGGACGGCAUUCGGCAGGUCGGCGGCAAGGAGUGGUGGCAAUGGCGCAAGCCAAAGAGCCCGCUCAAGGCCGAGUGGGUCGAGAUGAAAGCCGACUACUAUGAGCGGAAGAAGAGCCCCGAUGCGGGAAAUCGUGUCAUGCUUUACGUCCACGGAGGCGGCUACUACUUCGGGAGUGUCGACGAACACCGUUACCAGAUCCAGCGCCAUGCUCGGAAGCUCAAAGCGCGGGCAUUGGCGCCGAGAUACCGACUGGCACCGCAGUUCCCCUUCCCGUGUGGCCUCCAGGAUUGCCUGGCUACAUACCUCUAUCUCAUUACGCAGCAGAAGCCAAAUACUAUCAUCCUAGCCGGUGAUUCGGCAGGCGCUGGUAUGGUUUUGGCCAUGAUGGUCAUACUCAGAGAUAGGGGAAUCCCGCUCCCCGCGGGCGCUGUGCUCAUUAGCCCCUGGGCUGAUUUAACGCACUCUUUUCCAAGUGUCGCUGGGGAUUGCCCACUGGAUUAUAUCCCGUCGUCUGGGUUUCACCACAAGCCGUCGCCGGCCUGGCCACCCCCUGACGAAGAGGAGCUCGAAACGCUCAAGAAGGCAGCCUUGGCGCAGAAGACAAAGAUACUGGGCGCUGAGAGUGCCUCUCAUGAGCAAAGCGAAAUACCCACUGUCAAGGAUGUUGCCGAGGCGACCCAUCGGCUGAAGUUUGUCAUUGACGGCGAGGAAGUCGAAAUCAAGGAACAGAUUCAGAUGUACACGACCAACGAGCUGCUCGCUCAUCCCUUGGUCAGCCCAAUCAUGCAACCCACGCUGGGCGGUCUGCCACCGCUCCUAGUUAUGGUUGGAGGUGGCGAGCUGUUGCGUGACGAGCAAAUCUACCUCGCCCACAAAUGCGCCAACCCCUCGCAGUACCUUCCGCCGGAAGCCCUGAUGGAUGAGAAGGCCAGGGAGUUGGUCGACCGGUACCAACCGACGGAUGUCCAGCUGCAGGUUUGGGAUGACAUGUGCCACGUCGGGCCUACUCUGAGCUUUACGAGGCCGGCAAAAUACAUGUACCGGAGUGUUGCGCAGUUUUCAGCCUGGGCGCUGGGGCGGGCCCAAAAAGUCGAGGUCGAGAUCCUCAACGACGAUAAUAUAUCCGUCAUCUCCAGUUCUAGUUCGAGGUCAAGCUCAAGCUCGUCAUCAAGCGAGGCAGAAGGCCAGGCCCAGAAACCCAACCCUUCCACCCCCUCCAACAAAGCCCACAAACCCACCCACCACCACCACCACGCCACAGUCGGCAAAGCCGGCGACCCGCUGCCCCCCUUCAAAGACCACAUGAUCCGGCAGCGCGUCACGCGGCACGGCGCCAUCCACGCGCUCCCCGCCCCCACCGAGCUCCCGGGCUGCUCCAUGGCGCGCGAGCUGGUCGGCGUGGUCAAGGUGGGCACGGUGCGCAAGUGGCUGGAGCACAAGCGGCGGUGGGACGCGCGCUUCAAGCCGGCGCGCGCGGGGGUGCGCCGCAAGCGCCUGCGCGACCUCGCCGUCGGCUACGAGCUCUUUGCGGGCGGCGACGUGCCGCCCCCGAGCGCCCUCGCCGGGAGGAGGAGAUUGGGUGGCCCCGCCGCUGAGCAGCGGGAGGGGAGGGCCCAGAAGGGGAAGAAGGCGGCGCGUAGCUUGGGGUUGUCGCUGUGGGCGCUGUGGGGGUCCAAGCAUGACGAGGCCGCGGUGCAGCGCGAGUUGCUGGCGGCGAAGACGCCGGAGUUGGUGGCUGCGGGCCCCGGGCAGGGGCAGGGCGCGAGGCACUUUUCGGAUUUGGAGAGGCAGGAGCGUGAGGCUAGGUUGGGUGCGCAGGUGCCGUCUGUGGCGGAGACGAGUAAGACUCGGGCUUGGAGGGGCAUGGUUGGGGAGGAGGGGCGGGUGGAGAGCGGUAGCGGCGGUGGUGAUGCCGCGUCUGUGCCUACGGAUCGGGAUGAGGGCGCUGAUUUGCGCCCCGCCGGUCCGGUGGGCGAUGGUGAAGCGGAUGCUGAUACGAAGGGGGAAGCGGCGACUGGCCUUCUCUCGCCGGACGAUGCCCACGAUACGGGUGUCUCGGGGAAGCGUGUCAUCAUCGGCGGGCUCGCGACGCCGUUUAGCCUGCGCAAGGAGCCGGAGACUGCGAGCAUGAUCACGCUUGCGUCGCCGAUGGAUCGGAGCUCGGUUCGGUUGUCCACGGCAGACUCGGCCAGCUUCAUGGCGGCGCCGUCAUCGAUAAAUGUCUUGGAGGACCAGGGGGCCGCGGGCUCGGCUGGGCAAGACAAGCAUGAGGACGGUGACCAAGAUGGGCUGACACCGGGGCUUGCAACGCCGUUCAUGACGCCCUUUUUGUCGCCUACCUCGCCUGCUGAGAGGCCUGAUCUGGAGAGAUUUGUUACCGCUGAAGAAGUCACGAAGGCUGGUGCUUGAGCUAGGACCGAUGUGGCUUUUGUUCGAUACCCUUUGUUGGAUAGGUGUCUUUUCGAUUACCCUGUUUGAAUUGCCCGUUCUGUAGUGCGUUGUUGUUUUAGUACCCUUUUUU